GUAGUAAAGAGGACGAGAAAGGAACUUCCCAUUUACUUAUACUGUCGAAGCAUGCACUACAUAUCCCAUAAUGCCACUGUGCGCCCGAACGGAAGUGGGAAUAAUGGUCUUGUCGCACUCUGUUGGUCAAACAGAAAACAGCUGAAUACACUGAAGCCUGAUUGCCUGCUCACCUGCGUCCAUAUCAACCCUUCCUUUUCCCCUGCUCUCCUUUUCCUCCCAUCUUCCACCAAUCCCUGUCUCCUUGUGCGUGGUUUUUGGGCUAUGCUCUCCUCACCCACUGUGAUUCUCCAGCCUUAUGGACUCCCUGUCUACCCACAGACAACCACAUGCUAUCCCAGCAUAGUUCAGGGCGGCCCCACGCAGGAGGCUGGCCCAGGCAGUGGCGACCCCACCCUGCCUCAGGUCUACGCCCCUCCUCCCUCCUACCCCCCACCAGGUCAAGGUCCGCCAACAUCUGCGGGCAGACUGCCACCUCUUGAUUUUAGCUCUGCACAUGGUGGCUCAGAGUACGCCGAACAUCCACAACUCAGAGUCUAUCAGGGCCCUCAGCUCGACGGGGCCGAGGCUCUGACAUCCAGUAACACGGAGGAUGUUUUGGCCCCUGUGACCUCUGACCCCCAGUCUUUGAGCGUGUCUGUGGCAUCAGGGGGCGGAGCAGGAAGUGGGAGUGAUGAGGAAGGGUCAGGUAAGGCCCAACCGAAACGCCUCCACGUCUCCAACAUCCCGUUCCGCUUCAGAGACCCAGACCUCCGCCAGAUGUUCGGGCAAUUUGGCAAGAUCCUUGAUGUCGAAAUUAUCUUCAAUGAGAGGGGGUCCAAGGGCUUCGGGUUUGUCACCUUCGAGAGUGCAGCCGAGGCUGACCGGGCAAGAGAAAAGCUCAAUGGGACAAUUGUGGAAGGGAGAAAGAUCGAGGUUAAUAACGCCACUGCGAGAGUGGUCACCAAGAAGCCCCAGACGCCUCUUGUGAACGGUGAAAUUUCAACUUCCGGGUGGAAGAUCAAUCCUGUCAUGGGGGCGAUGUACGCACCUGAACUCUAUACAGUUGCCAGUUUCCCGUACCCCGUAGCAACUCCCACCUUGGCCUACCGGGGCUCUGCUGCGUUGCGUGGUCGAGGCCGAACCGUCUACAACACGAUUCGCUCUGCUGCAGCCACGCCUGCUGCCAUGCCCGCCUACCCCGGGGUUGUAUAUCAGGAUGGACUGUAUGGAGCAGAAGUUUAUGGUGGCUAUCCUACAGCUUACAGAGUGGCUCAAUCAGCGUCUGCUGCCACAGCAACCUACAGUGAUGGAUACGGACGGGUUUAUACGACAGCUGCAGAUCCCUAUCACCACUCGGUUGGACCAACAACGACAUAUGGAGUUGGUACAAUGGCCAGUUUGUACAGAGGAGGAUAUAACCGCUUCACCCCGUACUGAGCUGCCCUGGCUUAGGAGUGGGAGGGGGGCGUCUCUCUGGAAUUCUGGGGAUUGGCCGAUCCGUGGAUGCUGCAGGACAGAUUAUGAGAUCCUUAAAUUUGGAACUGGUUUUUCCUCCUGUCUUCAUCACAGCCUCUCCUCAAGAGACUAAACAGACUGAAGUUGUAAAUACUGUAGGACCCAUUUACUGCCCAUUCUACCGAUGAGUACUGAGUACCUGGACGAGGAUGUUAUGUAAUAUAUAGUUGCUUAAAAACCUUUAAGGGAUUUUUGUUUUCUGAAUUUAAAGAGUGCUGAUGUUGGUAGAUGGCUCACACUAGAGCAGGUGGAAAAUACUGUGAGAAUUACUUUUUGUGAGUAAUAAGUUUCACGGGUCAAACUACAAAAAAAAAAGAACAUUUUGUACAAUGUUUUGAUGUGCGUGUGUGUGUGUGCGUGCGUGCGUGCGUGUGUGAGCAUAUGCGUGUGAGGUCAUGCACCAACAACAUUUAGUUUAGUUACCCAGUCGACUGAGAGACAUCUGUGACACUGGUAUCAUUAUUUCAAACAGAACUAAUGUUUGUCUCCAUAGUUGGCAUAUGAUUUGUUUAUUUUGUUUUUUUGCCUUUCUAACAAUCUACCUCUCACACAUGUAGCUUUUAAUACAGCUGUCAUUAUUAACUCUGUAUCGCUUCCUGUAUCUUUGGUUCUGCAGAGCCUUCUUUUCUUUCCACUUUUCCAUCCAUAAAUCUACUAACAUGUUUCUGUGGCUCUGUAGCUCACCACCUGACGAGCUUGAUGCCUUAUCCAGUGCGUUCUGUAAUUUCUCUAGGGAAGAUUUAUUUUUCGUAGCUGCUACAUACCCCCCUAUUUUACACUCACACAGUUAUACACAUUCAGAGCUGGUAGUAGCAGUAAGAAGCGGUCUUUUGCUGUGCUUUACUCACACAAACUGAGGAAUAAAGGCCUCAAUCAGCAGAAUCUUCUAGCAUUUUCUUAGGUUGCCUUUUUUCAUCUUUUCCUGUAUUUUCUCUCUCCUUCUUCACUCAGAACUAUUGAAUGACUUCUUGACUUGUAUUGAUAAUUUCUUCACGGCCUUGUCUUUUGUUUCUGUUCCACUCUUUUCUGCUGUGUUUGAUGUUUACCUCUAAAUAAAAUUGUUUUCUCUCUCUUCUCUUCUGUCCUUAAUUGAUUCGUAACAUUUUCCAAGCAACCAAAUUGUUGUUUCUAUGCAGCUCUGUUGCUAAAGAAGCCUUAAGUUGAUAUUUAAGUUAAGUUUUAGUUGCGAUGACAAGCUCAUUCUUCAUCUUUGCUUGCAUUUACCGUUUCCUACUUACUUAUUUACUCAUUUCAAUGCAUACUGCCUCGUUGCCUUACUUUCUUUACCCUGCUAGUAUUGAUUUUUUAAACCCUUUAUCUUUCUGUCCUCUGUACCACGUGCACGUACAUAUGUGUAGAAUGUACAUGAAAUUAAGCCUCCGUCUGUCUACUAUACUGUGUGCACUUUCUAAACUUAAUUCACUGGUUUCAUGAUUUCUUUAAUAGUAGUAGGUAUAGUUAUAAUAUUUUCUUUCUAAUCGACCGUAACUUUUUAAAAAUAACUUUCUCUUUUCAAUGCUCUUCUCAUUUUCGCACUGCUGCUCCUGUGUAGCAUGUAGGUCUAGCUUUAGUAUCUUAUUCAAUUAGCUUUUUGCUCUUUACCUGUUAAUGCUGAGAUCUCUCUCUCUCUCCCUCUCUCUCUCUCUCUCUCUCUCUCUGUCUGCUGAGUUUAUUUAUAUAAUCUCUACUUAUGCUCCUUUCCCUUUCAUCAGCAGUUGUUCUGCUCUUUAUAGUAUAUUUAUUCAAAAUAUUUCUCUAAUUUCAUAGCCAGGCUUCAUUUCAUGAAAAAAAAAAGAAGCUUAUUUUAACAAAUUCUCAAACUGUGCACUUGAGAUGAAUUCGACAGCUGUAGACUUGAGAUAUAUGUUGUUUUUUUACUCACCUUUAAUGAUAAAACUGUUUACAAACACAGAUGAUGUCCUGGUCUUUUGCAGAGCGUUUUACCAUAACCUGUGUUCCUUGAAUUGGGCUCAAUGAAGAUAAUCUAGGGAUACAUCACAUAUACAGUAACACAUUGUUGGGCACAUAUAACCAGGCUUUCACUAGUAUGUAAAAGUAACCUUUUAGUUGUGAUGCCAGAAUGACUCUUCGUCCUAUCACAUCAAAUGUCUGGCUCAUUCCCAUAGGCAGAAUACAGAAACUGAAACAGCUUCUUUCCUUCUAUUUCUUGCUUGUGUUUACCUUUUCAUACUUGUGCUUAUUUUUUUCUCAUUUCAAUGCAUACUCCCCUGUCACCUCACUUUCUUUCCCCCUCUAGUAUAGCUUUUUUUUAAAUCCUUCUUGCUUCUGUCCUCCUCUGCACCACUAUACAAAACAUGUAUAUACAUGUACAGGAAAUUUUAGCCUUAGUCUGUCUACUAUUCUGUUUUCUGCACUUUCUAAACUUAUUAAUUCACUGGUUUCAUUAUUUUUUUUUUAGUUGCACUGAUCGAAUACUUUCUAAAACUAAUAUUUUCUCUCUAAUUGACCGCAAUCUUUCUUGUAACUUUCUCUUCACACUGCUGCUCCUGUAUAGUGUGUAGGUCUAGCUUUAUUAUCUUAUUAAAUUAACUUUUUGCUCUUUACCUGUUAAUGUAUAAUUCUGAUCUCUACUUUUGCUCAUUUCCCUUUCAUCAGUAGUUGUUCUAUUGCUCUUUGCUUUUCAAAAUGUUUGAUUUCACAACCAGGCUCAAUUUCAUAACAAAGCUUUUAUUAGUGGUUUAUGCAGAAAUCUUAGUUUGAUUUUUUUCUUUAGAUGUAUAUAAAGCUUUCAACCUUGAAAACUUCUCCAUUUUAGUUGCCCAUUUACUUAAUUUUCCGUUUAUACUUCACAAGCUCAAUCCUUUGCUGUUCUUUCCUUCUUUCUAAUAGCAUAUCGUUUCACAUCUUUUACUGCUGUAUUUGUUUCGCCUUUAGUUUAAACUUUUCCAAAUGUUUCUGCCUAUAAUGAAACUCUUCUUUUCCAACUUCUUAAUUCAUUUUGAUUACAUCUCAUACCUCAAAUGUGCUGGCUGAAAUAAAUGUAAAUUAAAAUUUGGAAGGAAAAUUCUCAAUGUGAAGUAUUCAAUCAUAUCCGUAUCUAAUCUUAGUGUCACAGGUGCCUCUCACUCAAUAUUUAUAUUUUACAAUAAACUCUGUACAAAAUCUGA